CGUGAAAAUCACACUUUAGUUGUUGAUUGUUUAUUGUUAUUUGGUUUUGAAAAUACUCUUGAUUGUUUCAAAUCAUUAUUUUUUUUGUAAUCUAUAUGAUAUGCAAUACUUUAUGGAAUCAUAUUUGUCAAUUUGUGAAUGCUACAAUACCUUAUGAAAUUAUUAUUGUCUAUGAUAUAUUGCUUAUUAGAAAUGGGAGAAAAACAACAAUGGACCAAUGAGCUUUUAAAAUGCUUAUUGGAUACCUGUAUUGAAGAAGUAGAGAGUGUCGGUAGAAAAGGAUUGAGUUUGCAGAAAGACUCAUGGAUAAGGCUUGGAAGAGUUCUUAAGGAGAAAUUUGGGUUUGAGUUGAGUCAAAAACAAAUGAAAAACGCAUAUGACAAUUUGAAAGCCAAAUACACAGGAUGGGUGUAUUUAAAAAACAAAACUGGUAAUAUAUACAACUCUCAAACAAACACUUUUAACUUAACAGCCGAGGAGUGGGAUGAUUUUAAGAAGGGGCAUCCGAAGGCUGCUUCAUUGAGAACAAUUCCACUGCCUUUUCCAGAUCUUUGUGCACGUCUUUUUGAUGGAAAUAGUGCUACUGGUAAUUUUAGGAAUUACUCAACCCAAUCAUCAUCAGUAGCUGGAGCAUCGUCUUGUCGUCUUCCACCACUUCAGAUUACCGCCACCCCUUUACAUGCAAUACAUGAUGAUGGUGAUGACACUUCCCACCAUGAGCCACCACCUUCUGCUGCUUCACCUUCUACCGCUUCACCUUAUGCAGCUUCACCUUCUGCAGCUUCACCUUCUGCUGCUUCACCAUAUACUGCUUCACCAUCUGGUAACCCCAACAAAAGGGCUAACCCCUCAACUCCUAUACCUCCUAGUGCCUCACCGUCUGCUUCUUCACCUGAUGGAACUUCUAUUACUGGUGACGAUUUAGCAUUAGAAAUGAAAAAAGCUUUACAAAGUUUGACUAAAGGGUAUACAGUCCCUCAAUGUUUAGAGAAGUUAGAGGUGCUUCAGUUAGGCCCCACCGAUCCUUUGCGCUUUGUUGCAUAUCAUAUUUUUGGAGGGACCAUGAACAUGAGAGAGAUGUGGAUGCAUUUGCCCGAUGUUCCUGAGAUAUUAUGAGGAUGGCUUGAGAUGACGGGUACAAGUUUAGGAGUUUUGAAGGAUGGAAAGAUUGUCCAAUGAUUGUUAGGUCUUUUUGCCUUUGUUGGAACUAUUUUGUUAGGUCUUUUUUCUUUUCUUGGAACUAUUUUUUUGUUAUGUUGCUACUUGGAAUAUGGUUUAUCUAAUGUUUUUUUGGUACUUGAAAUAUGAUUAAUGUAAUGUGUAUUUGCUACGUCAAAUAUAGUUUAUGUAUGUUUUUUUGCUACCUGAAAUAUGGUUUAUGUAAUUUUUUUUUUGCUACUUGAAAUAUGAUUAAUGUAAUGUUUUUUAAAGUUCUACUUUGUUGAUUUUAGGUUCAUAAUGGAUCACGAUCAAAAGUUACUUCUCGUAAUUCUUAUGUACCUGUACAUCCGUUUUUUUUUGGAAGAGGGGUGUGAAACGAUUGCGGGAUAAUGAUUCGGAAAUGACAGGACAUGAAUACACAUUGGAGUUGUUACAUCGUAAUCGUUUACAAUGUGUUAAAGUACUACGCAUGUCUCGUGACUCUUUUGUACGACUAU